CUCCGAGAAGACCGAACAUCAUUAUUUUCACCACACAGUUCCGGCAACCUGCCUCAAAUUUCCCCAGCAUCACCAGUCACACCAAGUUACAGCCAGCAAGAUCGUACCACUGUUGAUCAAGCCACUGCUAUAAAUUGUGCUAGCUAGUAUUAGUCCAAGGGAAGCAUCGAAGCAUCCUCGUCAUAGAAGCAACAAGAGAUCAAACAAAGGAUCGAGGGGACCUCCAUCGCAACAUCAGCCAACACAGCCAAUCCAACCGUUGGAGCAACACAAGUGGUCAACAACAGAGCCUGUUCUUCACGUGUUCGGCAAUCAGGCCUUUACUUCCGUGUGACGCCACAGAACCCAUUCAAAGGGUUCAUAGUCUUUUCGUCGAGGAUCCGGUGAGCUGACCUCCUCAUCACCAAGUCUUGCUCUGGAUCAGCCAUCCACAAUAAAGCAGCAGCAACCAUAAUAUCUCAGCCACUCCUCCACCCUUCAGAAGCAAAUCAAAUUUAGUCCACCUCCAUCUCUCCUUGAAUUAUUCUUGGUCUUGAUCAGGCAUCAGCCAUCAGGCAUCAAUAUAAACAAGACAAGCAUGACCCAACGAUCCAGCGAAGACAAAGUCCACGCGACCGCCAGCAUGAGGGGCUCCACCGCCUUUUUUGACAUUGAGAAUGCCUGCUGCAGCGACGACACGACCUCUGAAAAUUCUGCCACCACUCCGUCUCCCAAUCAACAGCAACAGAAGGCAAAAGCAAAAGCACAAUCUUCCCUGAUAGAAACACUCUCACCCAAAGACCUCGAACAUUUGGCACUCCUUCUCCAACCUGUCAUGAUGAAGCAUGCUUCACAACAACAUCAAGAAGAAGAAGAACCCGAAAUUGACUUGAGUGACAUGAGCCAACGUUUCCAACCCUUUCAAGCGAUGAAAGAUGAUGAAGAAGAAGAACCGGAAAUCGAUUUGAGUAAACCAUCUCAGGUGGAAGAAUCGGCACUCUAUUCCUGGCAAGAAGAAGAUGAAGACGAACCAGAAAAAGACAACCAACAGGUAGUUCAAAGACAACUCAAUCCACAACGGAGACGUCGAAAACGACAGGGAGGACGACAAGCUCUACAGGACGACCCCGAGUGGCAUUCCCCCUUUGGUGAAAGCACUUAUUCGCUAUUGUAUUUGUCCGGCUUCAACAGUCGGGGAUUUUGGUAUGCCUUUCUCGUCUACGCCACACAAAUCACUGUCAUUUCGCUGACAUUGAUUGACGUUGUGGACUGGACCAGUCCAACCAAUAAACUCAACCUGCCGCCGAACGUUAACAUGAGUGUCACUAUUGCUCAAGGCAUUGCUCUCUUUCAGGCUGUCGCCUUUCAAUUUGAUCUCCUCGAAGUUGUCUCCAAAUUGAAAGACGGGUUCCACCCAGAAGUACAGGAAACAUAUCCAGGAGCAACCUACCUUUCUUGGCUGCUAUCGUGCACGGCGCAGCUCAUUGCCGGUCUUCUUCUACUUGUGUGCAUCUUCAUUUUGAUCAUGCCAGUCGACAAUGUACUAGACAUUAUGCUCAAUUUUGCCGCACUCGAUUUUAUGGCCGAUAUCGAUGAUGUCGCAUUCUACAUUGCCAAGGCGGGAUUUGUGGGCAGGGAGUUGCAGAGGGCGGCCAAUAAGGCCGCCGAAUUCAAAGUACGCAAGCGAACUAUUGCCGCACAAGGAUGGCUCCAACGGUUCUGGAAGCCGCUCCUGUUCCACAUGCUGAUUGGGGCGUUGCUGGCAGGAUGGGUUACCAUUAUUGGCUUUCGAUUCUCGGGCAAGUACGUGUGCAAUACCAUCAUGGUCAACAUGGGCGAUGACUUUGUUCCGUCCAUGGGACCCUUCAAUGGCAUGUACGAUUUGCAGUUGGUGGGUGGUGGACUGGAACGACGUGCACAGUAUGUGGAGCGACGGGCGGUGGAGAUUGAUUCUCCGAGGAGAGGAAUCUUUGGGUACUGCGAUGACAUCAAGGCAUGGACGUUUCGGGUGGGAUACAAGGAUGACGAUGAUUCAAGCGACGAUGCCUGCCAAUGGGUUGCCAGGUCCGCUGAAACUGACACAUUCGAUUUCCUCAACACAGCUGCAAGCCAGUGGUUUGUCCGGGAUAGCACACAACGAGAAGUUGUUCUCGAACCAUUCAGCCUGUUUUGCUUCGAUUGCCAAGAGGAGGAUGUAGAAAACAGCGACGAUUGCGGUCGGAAAGGAACCUGCAGCAAUGCUGUGUGUCAAUGUGAAGAUGGAUGGUAUGGGCUUCGAUGCGAAUUUGUCAGCCCCUGCUCUUGGAUUACCAUUGAUGCUCGAACAGAGGACUUUGCCAGUACACGGGAUUGGUCAGACGAAUUCCAAUCCAUUGAACUGGGCAGUGGUGCAUUGGUGGAAGCAUACUAUCGACCCGUUUAUGUUUAUGAAUACGACACUGGUGACUAUGAUGUUGUCAUGUUCACAGGAGGUCGCUGGGCUUUGACAUCCUCCGAGUUCCUGCCACAUGGUGGAAGGAUACCCGACAAAUUACUGGGAGACGGUCAAGAAAGUGUUGGUUCUGACAUAGGAAACUUCUUCAAGCACCACUUUCAUGGAUACAAGGGCUACUCUGCCAACUACUCUGUUGCUUUCCUCAGCGACUAUGUGGAGUUGGGAACACACUUGGAUUCUAGUGCUCCAAUUGGCUUCACCUGGUAUUUUGCUGAAGAAGCAAAAGAGGCAAGCAACAGGAACCAGGGAACAAGCAAAGAGGUGGAUACAGUGUUCCUUUGCCAGGUAUGCAAUGAUAAUUCAUCAUCAAUUGAAUCAAACCCUUGCCUUUAUGAUGGGAUCUGCGUCGAUGGGAAAUGUGAAUGCUCCCUUGACUCCACUGGAAGUCUGUGUGAAGUGCCACCUGUUCGCAACGGUCACUGUGAUCCCAAUUUCAAUACUCCAGAGUUCAAAAUGGACGGUGGUGAUUGCUGCGAGUCGACCUGUGAGAGCACUUCUCAGUACGUUUGUGGGGCAGAGAAAGAUGGAUAUGUCAGCACAGGGUAUUUCUACUGUGACCUACCGAAGGAUGAGUGGCAAAGCCAUCCUAUUGAAGGCGAUGCAGGCUCCUAUGCUGGUUUUGCCUUGGGAAUUUCGAUGGGAUCAAUGGCCGUGUCAGAACUUUUGCAGGAUCGUGUACGCAUCUAUGACCAAGUUGGAUCUUCCUGGGUCCUACGAGACACUAUCUUGGGAGCACCCAAUUCAAGAUUUGGGCUGCGAGUGGCCAUUUCGUCUGGGCCUUUCAAUGUGGUCGGUAACCCAAGCUUCAAAGCUCCACUUACAGUUGCAACAACGGAUACAUUUCGAACUCUACGCAUCUACAAAUGUGACAUGGAUGGCUGUGAACUGACACAGGAAUUCUCCACUAUCCUUGUACAUGACUUUACUCUCUCCUAUGACGGCACUGUGCUGGCGGCAUCUUUGCUUACAUCAAACCAAGCUCCAACCAUGAUACGAGUCUUUGAAUCAAAACAAGGCUUAUUUGAGUUCCGGACUGAUGUCACCAAUGUGAGGCAAAAUUUUACAACAAGUCUUUUAUCUAUGUCAUUGAGUGGCGAUGGUAGCACACUUGCUGUGCAAAAUCAGCUAGCUGGAGUUGACCCUGCCACAAACAUGCCUGUGGUGAUUGAUGAACAUGUCAGUGUCAUGUUCUGGAAUGAGUUCGCACGUGCCUAUGAUGUGGAGGAUGAGUUUCGACUGGAGUCCAAUUUCAACACCAUCAUUUACUCUCUUUCAGUUCGACUAAGUCAGGAUGGGUCUGUUCUUGCCUUUGGAUUCCCAAGAUGCGUGGACGCACGGCUCCGGGUUCGGGUGCGCAAUGAUGACAACAAAUGGUCAGAUCAACGAGCCCCAUUGAUUGUGGUGGAAUCAAAUCAAUGCACUGAUAGCGAGAGGCCCCAUCGGAAUAAUGCCUUGGCUCUCUCUAGUGAUGGAUCUAAAAUUGCUUUCAGGGUCGGCACCAAGGUUAAGGUUUUUGAAUGGGAUUUUGGAUCUGAAGAUUGGAGUGAGGUUGGCGAUGAAUUUCCAUUCCUGCAUUACCCGGUUUCCAUGUCUUCUGAUGGCAGUACUCUGGCAAUAGGAGCUCCAGAAGACGGGAUAGGGGGUGUCACCAGUAUUUACUCAGUAGCCGGGAGGAAAUUGUGUCCCAGUGACAUGUCUCUUUUGCGUGUCUCUAUCACCAUUGACAGGUUCCCUGGGGAUGUGCUAUGGAACCUUGCCAAUAACAAUACAGGCGAGAUCUUGUUUGAGCAAGAAGCAUACCCUCCAGAAUAUGCAUAUGCCACAAUUUUGGAGGAAACAUGUGUCCCAGCAGAUUCUUGUUUUGUGUUCUCAAUUCGCAAUCGGAAGGGACGCGGCCUGCAGGCUCCCGGACAAUAUGCACUCCUCAUGGAUGGGGAGACUGUUGUAAAUGGCACUUUUGAGGGUUUGUUUGCAAGAGAAUACUUUGGGAACUGCCCCUCAUGCCCUGCAGGUACCCUUCCGUUCAGCAUGAUGAUGAUGUCCUGUGAGCCAAUACCGUGGCACCUGUUGGAAGUCACCUCGGUAGGCAAUACUAGUACCACUGGUUCAGAGUUGGCACCACCAUCAUCUUGCAACGAAGAUUGGAAUGGUGAGAACUGUACUCAAUGGGUUUCCUAUGAAACAUGCUUGGACCCGGUGUGCUAUAUAUUUCAGGUGCUUUCCCAUCGCCAAGCCCAUGUCGAAGUCAGCUUGUGGAAUGUUACAAGAAGACCACUGCCGAGUGCCGUUUGCUUUGGAGAGCCCCAAUUUGUUGGUGACCUCUGGAAAUGCAAUAACGUGGGUCGGGAGGUUGUGCAUUCCAGUGGUUUGGUUGACAUUCCAUUCCCAUAGAUUAAAUACCACUGCUGGAUUUCGCAAGGCAUACUAGACUAUACUCGAGUAGUGAUAAUCCAUAGCAAUCUUGGCGGCCCAUGCAUACAAUUUCUCAGUGUGGUCUAACUUCCACGGUGACGACCUAGACUAAUCAAGAAG